AUGGGCAGCGGCAGCUCCAGCUCGAAUCGUCCGCCGGAAGCGAGCGUUAAUGUGGUGCCGCAGCCACAAGAGCCAGAACUUCAAGAAGAGCUCACAGCAGCUGGGCCCGGACAUCGUGCCGCCAGCCUUCGAAGAGUUCAGGCCGCACGCAGGGCACUCGCCGCGAUCCAGCCCCACCAAGAAGGGACGAAAGGCCGUGGAAGCCCGGUUCGGGCGACAGUUUUGAUGUGUCUGUGGAGCGGGAGCCGCAUGGAGAAGGAGGUUGUGGCAUCAACCGUCGGAGAGCUCCUUCGCGCGGCCAGGAACGCUCUGGAGGUAGAUGUUGAUGCUGUUGAUGUGAUCUGCGAGGGUGUAGAACUGCAACAUUUGCCUGCAAAUCUUGGGCUGUACGAGGGCGUCUGCCGCUCUUUUCCUGCAAGACUUCAGGCGUAUGUUGCAGGAAGUAAGGAGCGUGCAAAGUGGCUGGAGGACUUGCUGGAACUUCAAAUAGACUCAGUCAGACGCCUGGUGCAUGGAUGUUGGUGGAGCUCAAUCAACUCUGGCUGCCACAGUGACUGCGAGACCCUCGUGAGUCGGAGCAAGAGAGCGCAGAGCGCUAAGUCUGAGCCCGAGCCCGAGCUGGUGUCGCUCGUCCGAGAUCUUCAAGAAGAACUUAUGGAGUCGGUGGGACCGAACGGAUUCAGUGCACUGGAGACCGCAAUCGAGAGCGGAGAUGCAAACCUUUGCAGAAUUCUGGUCGAAGCCCGGGCAAAUCUCGAAAACUCUCUCGACCGAGCCCUUGUCAGGCUGGAUUACGACCAUCGCCACGAUGGGCAGAAUGUUGAAGAUGUCUGCAGGAUUCUUUGGCGUGACGGGGUUGAAAUUGAAUCCUUCGAGGCCUGGAAAUCCAAGAAGCCUUGGGAGCGCUGUCUGCGAGCUGCUGCCACGGGCUGCACUUGGUUGGUAGAAGACCUCCUCCGGAAAGAAAAACUGAAGUUUGAAGAUGUGGUCUGUCCGCGAACCCAGUGGAGUUUGACUUUGGAGGCUGCUCUAACAUCCAAUGGCUCCCUCAUGAAGCUUGCAAUGCAGAAGGGCAUGAAAGUUACGACAUGCGACAGAAGCGGCCGCAGUGCGCUCCAUUAUGCUGCCUUGCAAGGGGAUGAGCAGUUGCUGGUGAUGAUAGCGGAGACCGGCCAGUGCGCCUUGGAUCAUCUUGACAGCGCUGACGAGCUAGGCAGAACACCUCUUUGGUAUGCUGCUCGAGGCGGUCAUUCUGGGGUUUGCUCUUGGCUUUGUGAUCGACGAUGUGAUCCUGCGAAGCGAGAUAUUGAAGGCACAAGUGCGUACUUUCAAGCCGUGUGUUCAUCUCCCAGUGGACCUGCUCAGCAAGUGCUUGCAAGUCUCUUUCCUGGUAAACCCUGCUUGGUUCACCAGUUUUUCGAGCACACAACGCCAACGUUGUGGCAUGCUGCUGCCAUGACAAAUGCCGUUCCUGCCGUGGAGUGGAUGCUCCAGCAUGCCAAAUACCCUUCUGACAUACUGUGUCGAGAGGGUGUGGAUGGCGAUACACCACUGCUCCGGGCGACAAUGGAAGGCCAUGUGGAAAUGGCACUCCUUCUGAUUACGUUACGGGCAGACCCUGGGCUGCUGGCCCCGGGUUCUCCCAGAGACUGGGCGGAACUGCUACCACUCCCAGAGCUGCAGAACACUUUCUGGAGGCACAGAAACGAAAUUGCGGAUGCAGGAUGGGCGGUGCGAUGGAAUGCCUACAGACUGGCAGCAAAGCCUUGA